AUGGAUGAUACGAGUUUACCGCCUCCCCAACCCGUGGAACGGGAAUCUGUGAAGAGCAGCAAGAGAAGUCUUCUUCCAAUGGCUCGGCGUGGCAACGGUUCCAAAGGAGACAAGAUUCAUCUGCUUACUAAUCACUUUAGAGUCAACUUCAGUAAUCCAACUUGUCAACAUUUCUUCCAUUACAGCGUUGCUAUCACCUAUGAAGAUGGUAGUCCAGUUAUAGCCAAGUCUAUUGGCAGAAAGAUUCUUGAAAAAGUUCAACAGACUUAUCAAACUGAUUUGGAUUUCAAACACUUUGUUUAUGAUGGCGACCAGAAUCUUUACACCGUCGGUCCCCUUCCGAGAUCCAAACUAGACUUCUCCGUUGUUCUUGAAGACGCUCCUUCUAGGAGAAAUGCAGACAAAAGACUAAGACUUCCUCACCAAUCCAAGAAGUUCAAUGUUACAAUCAGCUCAUCUGCUACAGAAAUCCCAAUGCAAGCUAUUGCAAAUGCUCUCCAAGGAAAGGAAACAAAUCAUCAUCUUCAAGAUGUGAUUAGAGUGAUGGAUGUCAUUUUGCGCCAAAACGCAGCUAGACAAGGUUGUUUCCUAGUUCGCCAAUCUUUGUUCCACAAUGACGCCAAGUACUUUGCGAAUGUCGGUGAAGGUGUUGUUUGUUGCAAAGGAUUCCAUUCAAGCUUCAGAACUACUCAGGGAGGCUUGUCC